UAGCGCUGUUUUUUUUUUACUGUACUUCGCUGUUCGUUUGUGACCGAUGGACAUGCAUAAAUGAUUAAUCGUUAUGGCGUAUAAUAGACCUUUUUCAUUUUUACAAUACGAUCAAGGCAAAGUGUCAGAGGAAACUAGAAAAACUGUUCCGUUGUUGACGCCAAAACCAGCAUCUACUGCAGAGAAAAGUGGUUCAGUUACUGUGUCCAAUGCCACUGCUUUUUUCAAUAGAUCUCAGCAAUCAACUGGUUCAUCUAUAGACAGCGGGCAACAUGGAAUCCAACAGGGAGCAGGACGAACAAGCCAAGAUUUCAAAACAACUAACAGAGUGUUCCCAUCCAGCAAUAGGGAGCGUAACCAACAAAUUUUAAACUGGAGGACAACAGGUGGCCCUUCAAGAGAGGCAAGUCCCACUUGGAAAACUAAUAAUCUGGAUCAGCAGGGUGCAAAACCAAAGCUACAGAAUUUGACUGGACAAUUUCCUUCGAGAAAAAGCCAUGAGUUGUUAACUGAAAGCAAUUCCAAACGGCAAGAAAAUCCUCCCAGUCAUAGGAAGAAUGCCCUAAACUUUUACGGCGUAAAAAAAUUGAUAGAAAACGACGCUCAACCCGAAAUUAUUGCUCGAAAGUUUGCAGAGGCAGAAACUGGACUGAAGCAGUUUUUAGAAAACAACUCUGCAAAUUGGGAUGCUGUGGAAUUGGUUCUCGUGGUCAUUGGCCACUUUUGCGAGAAGAAAGGAGUGGUGUUGUUUCAUAACACUUUUAUAAAAAUCGUUCAAAUUUUAGCCGAAGAGAACGUAUUUUCGAAUCUAAACAGUGUCAUCCUGAGUAUACCAAAAUCUAGAUGCACCAAUCUUGGUCCAAAAAAUGAACGCUUCCGCAAACUUAUCAAGAGCCUCACUUACCUGACGACGGAAAUGCUGACAGUGAUGCCAGCGCUCACUUGUGACUAUCUAGGAGAGCAAUUUGUUGAAGAUAUCUGCGCUCUUAAAAAUAUUCCUUCCAUCCGGGAUACGAAUGUUGAUGAAGUUUUUAGCACGUUUCACAAAGAAGGAGCGGAACGCUUGAAGAAUGCAUGGGAACAACAUUCAAAAGCCAAAUCGCUCCUAACAAAUGAAAGCCAUAGGGAUGCGAUUCGAUUCCAACGGCAGGAGCUGAUGAUUCAUUUGAAACCGCCAGAUGACUUUCGACAACUCAGCGUAAUGCCUGAUUGGGAAGAUGUUUGUGCUGACACCGAUCCUUUUCUACGCCCAAACCUCAUUAAAGGAAGCUACCCAGACGUGGACACUUAUCUCGAUAUUCAAUUCCGGCUUUUGCGUGAAGAUUUCCUAAAUCCAUUGCGCCAAGGACUUGUAGCCUACAGAACCAAGACAGAAAAACAGCAAAAUCAACACAUUCGUGUGGACAACAUUAGACUGUAUUAUGACGUGAAGAUCAAUGCUGACGUCGAGAACCUAGGUCAACAACAAUUAUACACAUUGGAGUUUUCAACCAAAGGAUUGCAACGGGUUAACUGGGAAGGCAGCAAACGUUUGAUUUAUGGAUCUUUGCUGCUGUUGUCAGCUGAUAAUUUCAACUCUUUCAUGCUCUUCACUGUCGUCGACAGAAAACCUGAGCAGCUGUCACGUGGUAGAAUUAAAGCUAAAUUUGAGGGUGAAUCUUUACCAGUGUAUGCCAGUAAAACAAAUUUAGUGAUGGCUGAAACAUCGGUGUUCUUUGAAGCUUAUCGGAGUGUGUUAAUUGCACUACAGCGUAUUAGUCCAGCUCACUUUCCCAUGCAAGAUUAUAUUCUUUGUCGGAAUGUUAUGCCAACUGAACCGGAAUACCUAAAAAAGAUUCCUAUCCCAAUAGUCUACGACUUAACUCCUGUGCGAGUUUCGAACUCGACGACUGAAAAUGGAAAUAAUGAAGACGAUUCUCGUUAUGAAAAAGGCAAAUUGUUGAACCCCGCGCUACAUAGGUUGUUGGCGCAAGUGUCGCUAUUCGGUCAAAGUUUGCCUGAUAACGAAACUCUCGGACUAGAUCCAAGCCAAGCUGACGCCCUUUAUGCCGCUUUAACUAGAAAAUUGGUUGUUAUUCAAGGACCUCCAGGAACAGGGAAAACUUAUUUAGGCCUCAAAAUUGUUCAAACUCUACUGCACAACAAACGGUAUUGGGUAGACAAACCCAAGCCUACUCCUAUAUUAGUGAUUUGCUAUACGAACCACGCGCUAGAUCAGUUCUUAGAAGGAAUCAGUAAGUUUACGAAAAAAAUUGUCCGGAUUGGUGGUCAGUCUAAAUGUGAAGCCCUCCAACCAUUUAUGCUUAUCGAAUGGAAAAAACAGGCUGUUGCUCAAAGAAAAAGACCUCUGCAAUACCGUCAUUGGUUGGCGGAAUCUCGCAGCAAUUUGAACGAAACGAAAAGUGCAUUUGAAAGAAUUCAAAAGACGCAACGUAUUGUCGAAUCUUUCGUCAUCAUUCAUGAGAACUCCCUACUCAAUCUGAAAGUAUUAUCGCAGAUCGAGUAUGUUAAAGUGAGAGCGACGACUACAAUUUCAAACAGUUCCGCAAUCACUCAGUGGCUUGGUGUUCAAUCGAUUCAAACACUCAAGGAAACCCUGAAGGCUUUAAAGAAAAUUUUGCCAAAGACAAAAGCGCCUCCAGUUGCAAUUGAAAAGGCUUUGAAGGAUGAAGAACUUGUCGAGGAGGAGUGGGACAAAGAAGAUGUCGACGAAAUUCAGGGAGAACGUAUGAUGGACGAAGAAGUACACGUAAGCCAAUCAGAUUUCGCCGGGCUGAAAAUGAAAUCAGAAAAAACAAUGGAAUCAGAAGGAAAUAUCCAAUACGCCUUUUCUACACUGACUCUAAACCAGAAGAUAAAUUCCUUACAGGAAUCCUUACAGGAAUUAGAAGGGGAUGAUGUCGAGUUGGUUCAGUUUCACAUCGCUGAAAUCAAGCUACAAAAAGAGCUCUUUCAAGAGAUUCUGAAGAUCCUCCCUACUGUAGACAAAACAGAUUACAAGCAAUUGAUCGAAAGAGACCUUGCGCGUCUUUCUUUUGUGGAUCGAUGGAAAAUUUACUCCUUCUGGAAAGCCGAAAUUUCUGACAUGUUGACUGCGGAAAUAAACUUGUUGUAUGGGCAAUAUCAGCAACAAACAAACGAAAUGAAAGAUGUCGAAACAAUUGAAACUGCCGAGAUUAUUCGUGAAGCCCAUGUUGUCGGAAUCACAACUACGGGGGCGGCCAAGAAUAGAGCGCUAUUGGAACAUCUGAAAUCAAAAAUCGUCGUCGUUGAAGAAGCAGCCGAAGUUUUAGAGGCCCAUAUAGUGACCUCCAUGUCUUCUUCUUGCGAACAUUUGAUUUUAAUUGGUGAUCAUCAACAACUGCGACCUCCAACGACGGUGUAUAAAUUAGCGAAGGAUUACCACUUGGAUGUUUCACUGUUUGAACGAUUGAUCAUGAACGGAGUUAAGCCAAAUGUUUUGGGUGUCCAACACCGAAUGAGACCGGAUGUUGCUCGACUAAUCGUCCCAUCCAUUUACCCCCAUUUGGAAAACCACGAGUCUGUGUUGAGGUACUGGGAUGUUCCAGGAAUGGCGGAAAGUGUAUUUUUCCUGUCUCAUUUGGAACGAGAAAAAGGAGACCAAUCGGAUCAAGAAAGCCGCAGUCAUUUGAACCCGUAUGAAGCAGACAUGGCUUUGGCUCUAGCUCGCCACCUGUUAAUGCAAGGCCUGGAGCCCAGUCAAAUCACAAUAUUGACAACCUAUUCCGGCCAGUUGUUGCAUUUCAAAAAGUUGCGAAGAAGUCACGCAAUUCUCCAGGGCGUUCGCAUCUCAAUCGUCGACAAUUUUCAAGGAGAAGAAAACGACAUCAUAAUCCUGUCUUUGGUGCGAAGCAACGACGAGGCUAAAGUUGGAUUUCUAAAGACAGAAAAUCGCGUCUGUGUUGCACUUUCUCGAGCCAAGAAAGGAUUCUACCUGAUUGGCAACAUGGGCAAUUUAACAGGGAGCAGUAAACUCUGGCGGGAAGUGAACAAAGUUUUGACGUCGAACGGACAGAUAGGGCCUCAUUUCGACCUACAAUGUGAAGUGCAUCAUACUAUCAUCAAGGCGAAUAAAGUGUCCCAUUUUCCGCCAGAGGGUGGAUGUUUCGUCCAGUGCCUCACUCCAAUGCCUUGUGGACACAUAUGCCCCAAAAUUUGCCAUGUUGAGGAUCGUGAGCACACGCGACAAAAAUGUCACGAAGCCUGCUUGCGCUCCUGUUCCGUUGGUCAUCCUUGCCCCAAAAGAUGUUAUCAGGAUUGCAAUCCCUGUUUGACGAGAAUUCCCAAAAUUCUUUUACCAUGCAAUCACACUCAAAUAACUGAAUGUUACAAAGACCCGGAGAAGGAAUAUUGUCUUACAAAAGUUGUUAAGGCUUUACCAAUCUGCAAACACACAAUGGAACUAGACUGUGGUAAGUCAGUUGAGGAAAUCAAAUGUCCGGAACAGUGUGGCAUGCAUCUAGAUUGUGAUCAUAUCUGCAAUCGAAUCUGCCACAAGAGAAGCUCCCACGCCAAAAUGCCAUGCACCCAACCGUGUCGCCGUUUUACCUGCCCUGAAAAACAUCCUUGUCCAAAGCAAUGAUAUGAGGAAUGCGGGAAAUGUCUCGUUGAUGUAGUCAAGAAACUACCUUGUGGCCAUGAUGGGGAAAUCAAAUGCUGGCAACUUCCUAAAGACGCAUACUGUAAAGUGAAGGUCGAGAGAAUUCUUUCCGGCUGCCAACAUACGGCCUUUUUCGACUGUAGCCAAUCCACUGAAGGUUACAGAUGCACUCGUAUGUGUGGGAAACUGCUAUGUAACGAUGGACACAUUUGCCGAAAGCCUUGCUUUGAACCCUGUGGCCCCUGCAAUAUUCAAGUGAAGCGCACACUAGUUUGUGGCCAUGAAACUCAGACGGCUUGUUACAAGGAUCCUCUGGCAAUCAAAUGUAAGUUCCCGAAAGUAGUUACUCUACCCGAUUGCGGUCACAAGGUUGAAAUCGCUUGUAGCGACAAUCCCGAAACAGCCUUCUGCCCAAAGCCUUGUGACACACGUCUCGAUUGUGGGCAUCAAUGCACGGAAUUGUGUCAUGUCAAAAGCGAUCCUCACCAUGAAAAGUAUCUUUGCAAGAAAGCUUGCAAUCGGAAUAAAAUUGAUUGCAAACUGGAUCAUAAGUGCGGGAAGAAAUGUCACGAAGAAUGUGAUCUAUGUAUCACGAAGAUCAAUCGACAAUUACCUUGUGGACAUUCUCAAGUUGCUGAAUGCUGUUUAGAUGAUGAAGACAUCAAAUGCGGGGUAAUAGUCAACAAAACUAUUACUGAGUGUAUGCAUUCGAUUCGUGUCGAGUGUUCCACCAUUGCCAGUCGCCAAUUGUGCAAUCAGCCAUGUGUCAAGUUCAUGAGUUGUGGUCAUCAAUGUAAGAUGCAAUGCAAAGAGACAUGCUCACCAUUAGUUUGUCAAGAACUUGUACGGACUUCAGUGUUAAGUCCCUGUAGACACCCCGUGAUGAAGACUUGCAACGAUCAUCACUUAUCUCCUGUAGUGGAACAGGCACAGGUGGAGAAAUUUCUCCAAGAGUGCCCGCAUAAGUGUCGCGCCAACUUGCCUUGCGAACAUUCUUGUAAAGGAUCCUGUGGGCAAUGUUUCAAUGGCCGUCUCCACAAAGCCUGCGAGGAAAAAUGUGGACGCACCCUAGUUUGUGGACAUAGCUGUGGUGUGAAUUGUGCCAUUUCGUGCCCUCCUUGUAAGGAAGUAUGCCAAUAUCGCUGUCGGCACAGCAGAUGUCGCAAGAAAUGUUGCGAGCCAUGCGUCGAUUGUGUUGAACCUUGUGGUUGGAAAUGUGAGCAUUACUCAUGUUCUCUCAAAUGCUUUGAAUAUUGCAAUCGACCUCGUUGUGAUGAACCCUGUCGGAAACGUCUCCCGUGCGGCCAUUCAUGCGUUGGACUCUGCGGUGAAAUCUGCCCUCCUCUUUGCCGUGUGUGCCACAAAGACCAGCUGACGGAAUUUAUUCUCUAUGGCAACGAAGAAGAAGACGACGCCAGAUUCAUCUACUUGGAAGAUUGCCAGCAUACUAUAGAAGUAGAAGGGAUGGAUCAUUGGAUGGAGAUGAAAGAGGAGGAAACUCGUGAAAUCCAAAUGAAAUGCUGCCCGCGCUGUAAAACCAUCAUCCGCUCAUGUUACCGCUACGGCAAUGUUAUCAAGAAAAAUUUCGAAGACAUUGUGGAAGUAAAGAGGAUGCUUUUGCGCAACCGUGUUAGUUCCAAGGAGAUCAUAGAGAAGCUCCUUAAUCAAAUUAAGGAUUCCGAUGCUCUAAAUAGCGAACUUGCUGGUAAACUUAACCAUGGCAUAACUGAAGUCCUGAAGAAUGAACUGAAAUGCAUACGGGACUUUUUGAAUCCAAACAUGGUCGGAAAAAGGCAAAAGUAUAAAAGUUUGGAUGACGAUACUCGCUACAUGUUUGAAGUCAAGGUUGAUAUCAUUGCGUCUGUUUUGAGCUCCAUCAAAAAUGCUCCCAAAAUUGCUUCAUCUGAAAGUCCAAUAGCGAUUGGAACAAUGGACCCUGCUUUGCUAAAAAAAUUUCUAGGUCGAGCUCAAAACAUUGUUAUAUCGCUCUUUCAUCGCGAACGGUUUUCUGUCCAGGAGUAUGAUUGUUUCAUUGCUGAAGUCAACCGUUUGGAUUUGAUUCGAGUCUAUUUCUUGAUAAAGAGUGCCUCUCACAUGUCCAACAGAAACUCUUUGAUAAGUGAAGAAACCCGACUGGUAGAAGAUCUGUUGAUGAAGAAUACGAAACCACUGAAGAAACAAGAGAGCGAGACAAUCAAAGGCAUUUUUCAGAGAAUUGGCAAAAAGCUUAAUACUGGACUUGGCAUCAGCGAAACUGAACGGGAGCAAAUUGUUAAAGCUAUGGGAUUUAAACAAGGUCAUUGGUUUAAAUGCCCGAAUGGUCAUAUUUACUUAAUUGCUGAUUGUGGUGGGGCGAUGCAUGAAGCCAAAUGUAACGAAUGCGGGGAAAAAAUUGGUGGAGGAAACCAUUCAUUGCGUUCAGACAACAGCCUUGCGAGCGAAAUGGAUGGGGCUCGAUUUGCUGCAUGGUCAGAACAUGCUAAUAACAUGGGCAAUUUUCAAAUACUGGAUUAACCAGCUUUUUUUCGUUUUCAGUCUUAAACUUUUUAUUGUAAAAUUGUCGUAGCUGUUUUAAUUUGGCUUAGAUUGAUUUAGAUGUUAUGAUUAACGCGGCAGAUGUGCUAGAUGCCAGAUUCCUUUAUUUGGAGAUGGUUUUCCGUAUGUUGUGUUUAUAAAAUUGAUUAAUAAUAUACUGGGAGAUAAUUCAUU